CUGCAGCCAGAGCUCCUGGCCGGGCGGCGGGCCGCUGCGCGCGCCGCUCACCUGCGCACACCUGGGCUCACCUGGGCGUGCGCGGUCCCCGGCCCCCGUGCCCCGCUCUGCGCCCCGCCCGCCUGCCAGUUCCUAGCCGCGCAGGCGCACGGCUCCUCUCCCGGGACUCAGCGCUGUCAUGGCGGCAGAGAGCGGCCGCGUUUGCAGCCGAGGCAGGAAGAGAUGGGGCUAAGGGAGACCGCGGGGUGAGGCAGCGGCGGCUGAAACUUUCGGCUCCUUCCCGCUCCGGGAGCGGCGGGUGCUUCUGCGCCAGGGGGGCUAGCGGCGCAAGGGCUCGCGCGAGUGGGGGGUACCAGAGCAGCCCGCUCUCCCCGCCCCUCAGCCGGGCAUUAAAGCGAGCCUCUGCUCCCCCCCCGCCACCCCCCGCGGCGCACGAGACGCGAGGAGGUGGAGGAAGGAGGAGGAUUAGGGCUUUACGUACCUGCCUCGGGGCAGUGGGGCAGCUGACCCAACCCUGCUGUUGAGGAAAAAGCCAAGAUUGGGCGAGCGCUCUCCACACCCGCUGUACUUGGGGUUUUUCGCAAGUUGGACCUGAAGAGAGAGUGAGCAAGAGACCUCUUUCCCUGCCACUGAAAUCGCUCCUCAUUGGCUGUGGCGGCUGUGCCUCUGGCAUCUCAGCUAGUGGUAACUUGAACUUAGCUAGCUAUGGCUAGUGAAGACAAACAGGUUCUUCAGCCAACAGGUGAUGGAGGAGGAGGGAAAGGAGGAGGUUCUGCUGCAGUGGGGAGUACGCUGCAGCCCUUGAACCCAGGAGUCCCUAUCCGAGGCAUCAGGAUGAAAUUUGCAGUGCUGACGGGACUGGUUGAAGUUGGCGAAGUAUCCAACAGGGACAUUGUAGAAACUGUAUUUAACUUGCUUGUAGGGGGCCAUUUUGAUCUGGAAAUGAACUUUAUUAUCCAAGAAGGAGAGAGUAUUAUCUGCAUGGUAGACUUGUUGGAUAAAUGUGACAUCACUUGCCAGGCUGAGGUGUGGAGCAUGUUUACAGCAAUCCUGAAGAAGAGUAUACGGAAUCUACAAGUCUGCACAGAAGUAGGGCUUGUUGAACAAGUGCUACAGAGAAUUGAUAAAACUGACAAUAUGAUUGCAGAUCUCUUAGUUGAUAUGUUGGGAGUGCUGGCUAGCUAUAAUUUGACGGUCCGAGAGCUAAAAUUGUUCUUCAGCAAACUCCAAGGAGAAAAAGGAAAAUGGCCACCACAUGCUGGAAAAUUAUUGUCUGUAUUAAAACACAUGCCUCAUAAAUAUGGUCCUGAUGCCUUCUUCAACUUUCCAGGAAAAAGUGCUGCAGCUAUUGCCUUACCUCCUAUAGCCAAGUGGCCCUACCAGAAUGGAUUUACUUUUCACACUUGGUUAAGAAUGGAUCCUGUAAAUAAUAUCAAUGUGGAUAAGGAUAAGCCUUACUUAUAUUGUUUUCGAACAAACAAAGGACUUGGUUAUUCUGCUCACUUUGUUGGAGGCUGUUUGAUUGUGACAUCAAUAAAGUCAAAAGGAAAAGGAUUCCAGCACUGUGUGAAAUUUGAUUUCAAGCCUCAGAAGUGGUAUAUGGUUACUAUAGUGCAUAUCUAUAACCGCUGGAAGAACAGUGAACUUCGGUGCUAUGUGAAUGGGGAACUAGCAUCAUAUGGAGAGAUAACGUGGUUUGUCAAUACCAGUGAUACGUUUGAUAAAUGUUUCCUGGGUUCUUCAGAAACAGCAGAUGCUAAUCGAGUGUUUUGUGGGCAGAUGACAGCUGUUUACCUUUUCAGUGACGCUCUCAAUGCUGCUCAGAUUUUUGCCAUUUAUCAGCUUGGCCUGGGAUACAAGGGAACGUUUAAAUUCAAGACAGAAAGUGAUCUCUUCCUUGCUGAGCAUCACAAACUGUUACUGUAUGACGGCAAAUUGUCCAGUGCUAUUGCUUUCACAUACAAUCCAAGGGCUACUGAUGCACAGCUCUGUCUAGAAUCAUCCCCCAAGGAUAACCCUUCUAUCUUUGUUCAUUCACCACAUGCUCUCAUGCUUCAGGAUGUGAAAGCAGUCCUAACACAUUCUAUCCAAAGUGCUAUGCAUUCAAUUGGAGGAGUGCAGGUACUUUUCCCUCUGUUUGCACAGUUAGACCAUAGGCAAUAUUCAUUGGACCAAGUUGACACAACUGUUUGUUCUACUUUGCUGGCUUUCAUCAUGGAGUUGCUGAAGAACUCCAUUGCUAUGCAAGAGCAGAUGCUUUCCUGUAAGGGCUUCCUUGUGAUAGGACAUACUCUUGAAAAGUCUUCCAAAGUCCAUGUUACCAGAGUUGUGCUAGAACUAUGUCUUGCCUUUGCUAAAUAUCUGAGUAAUUUGCACAAUGGGAUUCCGUUGCUUAAACAGCUGUGUGAUCACAUUCUCCUUAACCCUGCAAUAUGGAUUCAUACACCAGCGAAGGUUCAGUUGAUUCUGUACACUUACCUGUCUACUGAGUUCAUUGGCACUGUUAACAUAUACAAUGCAGUUCGGCGAGUUGGGACAGUUCUUCUGGUAAUGCAUUCCUUAAAAUAUUACUACUGGGCCGUGAAUCCUCAAGAUCGCAGUGGUAUUACUCCAAAAGGUGUAGAUGGACCACGCCCUAAUCAGAAGGAGAUUUUAUCUCUGCGAGCAUUCUUACUGAUGUUCAUUAAACAGCUAGUGAUGAAGGAUUAUGGAGUGAAAGAAGAUGAACUGCAGGCUAUCCUCAAUUAUCUGCUCACAAUUCAUGAGGAUGACAAUCUAAUGGAUGUCUUGCAGUUGCUUGUUGCUCUGAUGUCAGAGCAUCCCAGUUCUAUGAUUCCUGCUUUUGAUCAGAGGAAUGGAUUACGGGUUGUCUACAAACUUCUAGCAUCAAAAAGUGAAGGGAUCAGGGUACAAGCUCUAAAAGUGAUGGGCUACUUCUUAAAACAUCUAGCACCUAAGAGAAAAGCUGAAGUCAUGCUUGGACAUGGAUUAUUCUCUUUGCUGGCUGAAAGGCUGAUGCUUCAUACAGGCUUAAUCACCAUGACCACGUACAAUGUCCUGUUCGAGAUUCUUAUUGAACAAAUUUGCACUCUAGUAAUACAUAAACAGCAUCCUGACCCAGAUUCAACAGUGAAGAUACAAAAUCCUCAGGUAUUGAAAGUAAUUGCGACUCUACUACGUAACUCUCCCCAGUGCUCAGAAACUCUGGAGGUUCGUCGAGCUUUUCUCUCAGACAUGAUUAAACUUUUUAAUAACAGCAGAGAAAAUAGGAGGAGCUUGUUGCAGUGCUCAGUGUGGCAGGAGUGGAUGCUUUCUCUUUGCUAUUUCAACCCCAAGAACUCUGAAGAGCAGAAGAUAACUGAAAUGGUGUAUGCCAUUUUUAGAAUCUUGCUUUAUCAUGCAGUCAAAUAUGAGUGGGGUGGCUGGCGAGUUUGGGUGGAUACACUGUCAAUCACACAUUCAAAGGUAACGUUUGAAAUGCAUAAAGAGAGCCUUUCCCAAAUGUACCGGGAUUACCAAAGGAAAGGAGGUGAAGGAAGUGGAACAGUUCCUUCCACCCCUGUUAGAACUAUCUCAGGAGUUAGCAGAGAAGCUGAAAUCGCAAGGAGGCAACAACAUGUGGAGGUGAAAGAAGCUGCUGCUUCUGCAUAUGUUGGGGCUGAUAGCGUGGAGCACAGUGCACAAAAAAAUGAGAUAAAAGCUUCAUCUGAAUGUGAGCUACAAAGUCAUUCACCAUCUAAUGAAGGGAAGAAAUCUGAGGGAGAAAAUGGUCAGAGAUCACCUGACUUAAAGAGAGCACCUUGCUUAGAAUUUCCUCCACAGACAGAAGCAGUAAAACCGGGUGAUUCAGAAAUCACUUCUGGAAUUGCUGAAGCAAUUGCAGAUUCUCUGAGUAAAGCUAAAGAACUUGUGGAAGAAACAGCAGCUACUGAUGGGGCUUCUCUAACUGCACAAACUGUUUUAGAAGGGGAGACACCUGAAAGCCCAGAAAUGCUGGAGGAAUUUACAGCAGAGGUGGAAGAUGAUGACUUUGUUGAUUUAAAAGAGGAAAGCAAUCUGCCUUUACCUUCAGAAGAGUUGGUACUAAAACCCAGUGAAGAGAAUAGCUCACCUGAAAAUGAAAGCCAAAUAACAAUAGCAAUGAAAGAAGAAACUGUUGAGAAGGAACCUGAGACAAUACCUUUAGAAUCCAAAAGUGCUGAAAUCUUGAACAAGACAAGAGAAGAAUUGUCAGAAACAGUGACCUCUGAAGUCCAAGAGGAGACAAGUCAACUAAAUUCAGAAGUGAAUGAGAAGUUAGAGGAAUUAAAACCUGAUGGCAGUGAAACCAAAGCAAUUGGAGGAGAUGCAAACACACAUACUUCAGAAGCUUCUGUGGCCUCAGAGAAAAAAAUUGCCAAGCUUGAUGUUUCCAGUGUUGCAUCAGACACUCAGAGACUGGAACUAAAACCCAGCACAAGCCUGGAAGCAACUCAGCCUCUUAGACCCCUACCUGAGAUAUCAAGGCAGGAAGAUUCAUCAGGACAAGACUUGGCUGCUGCAUCUGAUGGGCAGAGAAGAGAUUCCAGGUCGACUAUGUUUCGUAUUCCUGAAUUUAAGUGGUCCCAGAUGCAUCAACGUUUGCUCACAGAUUUACUCUUUUCAAUAGAAACGGAUAUACAGAUGUGGAGAAGCCAUUCUACAAAGACUGUGAUGGACUUUGUGAACAGCAGUGACAAUGUCAUCUUUGUACACAACACAAUUCACCUCAUCUCUCAAGUUAUGGACAACAUGAUCAUGGCUUGUGGUGGUAUAUUGCCAUUGCUUUCUGCUGCUACAUCUGCUACACAUGAAUUAGAGAAUAUAGAGCCAACUCAAGGACUUUCAAUAGAAGCUUCGGUAACAUUUCUUCAGAGAUUAAUCAGCCUUGUGGAUGUGUUAAUUUUUGCAAGCUCUCUUGGCUUCACUGAAAUUGAGUCUGAGAAAAAUAUGUCAUCUGGAGGAAUUCUGAGACAAUGCCUUCGACUGGUGUGUGCAGUGGCAGUAAGAAAUUGUUUGGAGUGCCAGCAGCAUACACAAAUGAAACCUAUUGGAGAAACUGUAAGGAGUCAGAAAACAAUGCAGAGCCUUAUAGGAACAGGGAAGUCUGCAGCAAAGAGUCCAGUUGACAUUGUGACUGGUGGAAUUUCUCCAAUACGAGACCUUGACAGACUUCUGCAGGAUAUGGAUAUUAACCGGCUUCGAGCAGUAGUGUUCAGAGAUAUAGAGGAUAGUAAACAAGCUCAGUUCUUGGCCUUGGCUGUAGUAUAUUUUAUCUCGGUCCUUAUGGUGUCAAAAUACAGAGACAUACUGGAACCCCAGAAUGAAUGGAGGCAACCUCAUCGUAGCCAGUCAUUCAAGGGAACAGAGAAUGGAAGUAGUGAGGCAACAUCUACAGAUGUAGAAAACCCAUCUGCUACUACUGGUGCUUCAACUCCAGUAUCAACAGAAGAUUCUGAAAGUUCAGCACCUGUACGAAGAAGAGACUCGGGCAUUGGAGAGGAAUCAACUUCAGGUCAAGCAAACAAUUCAGAUGCUGUUGCUGAAGCAGGACCACAGAGUGCCAGUUCAGGUCCAGACGCUAUCAGUGAAGUAUUAUGCACACUUUCUUUAGAAGUCAAUAAAUCUCAGGAAAACAGGAGUGAGGCAGGAAAUGAGUUGACUGAGAAGACUGCAUCUUCUGUACCAUCUUCAAAAAAUGUCAACGUAAAGGACAUCCUCAGAAGCUUGGUUAGCACCCCAGCAGAUGGUGCCACAGUGGAUCCUACCCUUCUGCCGCCAACCUUCCUUGGAACUCUUGGUGAUACUGCUGCUGAGCAGCAUGUGCAAUUCCGUUCCUUUGACAGGAGUGUUGUUGUAGCUCCAAAGAAAUCAACAAUUUCCCCUUCUACAGCUACCAUGAGUGUACCCACAAAUGCUGUCAGCGUGGUUUCUUCAUUAGAUUCAGCGCAGGCCCCAGACCUGACAGGAGAAUAUCCUGGCAGUGGAUCAUCUAAUUCAAAAUUGCCACCUGUGCCUACAGUUUCUUCUGUUCCAGAGGAUUCUGCUUCAAAUAUGAGUAUUACAGAGAGGCUUGAACAUGCUUUGGAAAAGGCUGCCCCUCUUCUGAGAGAGAUUUUUGUGGAUUUUGCUCCCUUUCUUUCUCGCACUCUUUUGGGUAGCCAUGGGCAGGAGCUGCUGAUAGAAGGUACAAGUCUGGUCUGCAUGAAAUCUAGUAGUUCAGUGGUGGAGUUGGUCAUGUUACUUUGCUCUCAGGAGUGGCAGAACUCAAUACAGAAGAAUGCAGGCCUAGCAUUUAUUGAACUUGUCAACGAAGGAAGAUUGCUGAGCCAAACGAUGAAGGAUCAUUUAGUAAGAGUGGCAAAUGAAGCAGAAUUUAUCCUGAGUAGACAGAGAGCAGAGGAUAUUCACAGACAUGCUGAAUUUGAGUCGCUGUGUGCCCAGUAUUCUGCAGAUAAACGAGAGGAUGAAAAGAUGUGUGAUCAUUUGAUAAGAGCAGCCAAGUUCCGAGAUCAUGUGACUGCAUCCCAACUCAUACAGAAAAUUAUCAACAUUCUGACAGACAAGCAUGGAGCCUGGGGAAAUUCUGCAUCAAGUCGUCCUCGUGAGUUCUGGCGCCUUGACUACUGGGAAGAUGACUUGCGGCGCCGGCGACGAUUUGUGCGUAACCCCCUUGGAUCGACACAUCCUGAAGCGACACUAAAAGCAGCUGUAGAACAUGCUCCAGACGAAGACGUGCUUCUUAAAGGAAAGCAGUCCAUCAAGAGUCAGGUUUUAGGAAAUCAGAACUCGGAGAGUGAGAUUCUCUUGGAAGGCGACGAUGAUACCUUGUCAUCCAUUGAGGAGAAAGAUUUGGAGAACUUAAUUGGUCCAGUUAGCCUGUGUACACCAGCACAGCUUGUGGCUCCCUCUAUAGUAGUGAAGGGCACUCUUUCCAUCACCUCUUCUGAACUCUGCUUUGAGGUAGAUGAAGAAGAUCCCAGUUUUAAGAAAAUCGACCCCAAGAUUCUGGCUUAUACAGAGGGACUCCAUGGAAAAUGGCUGUUCACAGAGGUUCGGUCAAUUUUUUCCCGACGCUAUCUCCUGCAAAAUACAGCAUUGGAGAUCUUCAUGGCAAACAGAGUUGCUGUCAUGUUCAACUUCCCAGACCCAGCAACAGUAAAAAAAGUGGUUAAUUGUCUACCACGUGUUGGCAUUGGCACUAGCUUUGGGCUACCACAGACCAGACGCAUCUCUUUGGCUAGUCCACGCCAGAUUUUCAAAGCUUCCAAUAUGACCCAGCGGUGGCAGCACAGAGAAAUUUCAAACUUUGAAUAUCUGAUGUUUCUAAACACCAUAGCUGGACGUACUUACAAUGACUUAAAUCAGUAUCCCGUAUUCCCCUGGGUUAUCACUAACUAUGAAUCAGAAGAGUUGGAUCUUACGCUUCCUAGCAACUUCAGGGAUUUGUCAAAGCCAAUUGGUGCUCUAAACCCAAAGAGAGCAGCAUUCUUCGCAGAGCGAUAUGAAUCAUGGGAAGAUGAUCAGGUUCCAAAGUUUCACUAUGGCACUCAUUACUCAACUGCAAGUUUUGCGCUCACUUGGUUGUUGAGAAUUGAGCCCUUUACGACAUUUUUCCUACAUGUACAAGGCGGGAAGUUUGACCAUGCAGAUAGAACUUUUUCAUCAAUUUCAAGAGCAUGGCGCAACAGCCAGCGUGACACUUCUGAUAUCAAGGAGCUGAUUCCUGAAUUUUAUUAUCUCCCAGAGAUGUUUGUCAACCUCAACAAUUACAAUCUAGGUGUGAUGGAUGAUGGAACGGUGGUAUCUGAUGUUGAACUUCCACCAUGGGCCAAAACCCCAGAAGAAUUUGUUCGCAUAAACAGGCUGACCAGGACUACACUACAACUUUGGUUGAUACAAAUUACAUCGCCGCACAUCUGCCGAAGUUAGUAUAUUGCUCAGCUACUUGCAUCAGUGCUGAACAUAUUCCUUGGAGUGGUUACGUCAAUGCAAAGUGCAGUGCAUCCACAGGUAGGUAUCCCAGUGUAGUCUGCACUGCUGUCCAGUGCAGUGCCUUUUGGGAAAUGCUCACAAUGAGUUAUGGGGUAGAAAUGAGUUUCUCAGUGAUCUCCUGGAGCUAGAUGUCAAGUUCCCAGCAUGCAACUUUCUCCAUCACUUUUAAUGACAUCACUAUCCCACUAUUUUCAAGCCUUUUUAAAAAAAAAAUCCACAAACCCACGCAGCACUUUUUGCUGUCCUCCAUCUCGGACAGAAGCGUGGAGCCUGCAGAGCUCUGCACUAGACACAUGAAGGCUGCAAAUACAGGAUGCAAGAUUUUCCAGUCUUUGCAGCCCGCAGGAGGAAACACAACAAAGGGGGACAUGGUGAUUCCUUUGGAUACAGAUUAUGAGGGACAUAGCAAAAGCCAAUUCAAGACAGACCAUGGUGAAAAUGGGGAGGAGUUUCAUUACCAGUUCUUAAAUUUGAUGAAAUGGAAAGUAGGGAUGCAUUGUUUAGGUGUUACGUCCAUUUGUAUUUCUGCAGAUAGGUGAUUCCAUAUGGCUUUUUUGUUUUGAAGCUGUCAUUUACAUGCAACAUGAGGGCUGAGGGGGACAAUAUCUGUAAACUCCAUAAGUGUUUUAAUGGUAUCAAAAAUCACUUUGUGUUUCUAGACAACAUAUAGAGAGUCUGUAAACAAAAGAGUCUGUUUACAUAUAUAGUGUACACUGUCACAAAACACGUAUUUAAAGUUUUAGCACACUGAUUGAUGAGGUAUCUUAAAAUAGUAAACUACAUUUAUUUGACUUUGCAGUGAGGCUGUAAUUUUAAUAAAAAAUAAGUUAUACAAGAGCUGUGUUCGUUAAUCCAAGGGAAAAAAGGUCUUCUGUGCUCAUUGCAGCUGAAGGAAAGUUGUACAGCCCAAACAUGCAAGAUGCUGAGCAUCUUGUGCUCUAUGGAAAUCAAUAGGAGUAGAAGGUCUGCACAUCUUUCAGUAUUGAGCCCCUAAUCUCCAUGAAUCUUGUGUUUUUGCAUGUUUUUAAAUGUAUCAAUAAAAAGGUCACAUUCAAAUUUUGAGUACAUUCCAUAAUCUUCCUCAUACAAUAUUGUGUACACCUGGGAAAUCUUGGCAGUAUUGUGAAGAGAUUGUACAUUCUGAAAGGGAGAUUUAGAGAACGUAUAAAACAUUUUAAACUUCACAGAACUGUGUUUUCUUUCUCCUUCCCAGCAGUUAAAGCUUUAAACUGCUCUUUAGUCCAAGUCUGAUGACCAGUUACAGGAAACCCUGAGGCUAUGUCUACACUUAAAAUGAUACAGUGGCACAGCUGCAGCGCUGCAGCUACCUCAUUAUAGCACUUCAGUGUAGACCCCGUCUCGGAAGGGUUCUCCUGUUGCUGUAGUUAAUCCACCUCCCCAAGAGGAAGUAGCUAGGUUGACAGAAGAAUUCUUCCAUUGACCUAGCGCUGUCUACACCCAGCGAGGUCAGCAGAGCUACAUCUCUCAGCGGUGUGGAUUUUUCAUGCUGGUUUGUGUUUUCAGUAUAGACCAGUCCCAUCCUUAAAUCUUCGCCAAUAGGCUUGUCUAUACAAGGAAUUCAUGGAGAAGUUAGUAUGAAAUAACAGAUUUGGCCAUUAGCCUGAAAAAAGGAAGGAAAAUGUAGCCUCAUUUAAAUACCUUGAGCACGUGUUUCAUAUCGGAUAUAAAUGUAGAGUAAUGUUAUUGAAACAGUAGAAUUACACUUGUGUGAAACUUUUGCAAGUGAGAGUAGAAUCCUGUUGUAUAGUUUGUAUGUAUUUUAAAUUUAUUAUUUAUUUAUUUUUUAAAUGUAUUUUUAAUGUAUUAGGCAUUGAAGUAGGACAGUGCAUCAACAUAAGCAAAAGAAAAGCAAAGUAGAAAUGUUUCCCUGAGUAAUUUGAUAUGAAACCCAUUAGCGAGAAGAUCUUUUGGAAGUAUUGGAAUAAAUAAAAGUAGUUUAAUUUCUCUGUCUAUUUAAUGUUUGUAUUUUUAUAUUAUAUUCUGUGUGCAUAUGAAUUGCUUACUUUUAUUUUUCUGAUUUUUCUCUUUGCACCAUAGCUAUCAGGCCAGAAGUUUACCUCUGUUCAGAUCUCAUCCAGUUAAAUAUUCCUUUUUAAAUUUUCAGAUGAAAUUAUUUUUUUUUUAAUAUUAUUAUUAUUGACUAAAUUUAAUUGUUUCUAUCCUCUCCCAUCAGAUUAAUGAGGAUAGUAAUACUGUGUUGAUUCCAGUCAGAAAUCUGGAUAAAAUUUACUGUUUCAUUUUACUGUUUUAAACAAAGUCCCAUAAGAAUAUAACUUUUAAAAAAAAUAGUGUGUUCAAACCCCCCACUCCCCUUUGGUUUUCAUUUGCAAACACAGCAAGAAGCAGUGUUCUUUUGGUAUUUUAAAAUGAAAUUUUAAAAUGAAAAACACUGCAGAUAUUCUUUUAAUGGGGCAAAAUUAAUCACAACAUAAAAGGAAAAAGUUAUUCUUCUUUGAGUGCUGGUUUCUUUGUGUAUUCUACUGUGGAUAUGCAUGUGCUCCAUGUGCCAAAGACUGGAAGAUUUUUACUAGCAAUGUCUGUUUGUCUGCACAUGAGCCUUUCUCCUUGUGCUCCAAACUCAGGGUAUAAGGGGUGGUGUGGACAGACAGCUUCUCUAGUUCCUUUCUACUGCUGCAGAGUCUGAAAUGGAACCUCUCAGGUCCACGGAGUUGCUCUUCAGUGUUUUCUGUAAAUAUAGUUAUUAUUAGAUAGUUUUAUAGUGUUAGUUCUUAAAGUUUCAGUAUCUCAUUAGUUAUUUACAAUUCGGGCUUCCCCCAUCCUAACAACGUAUCUCUCUUCUUCUCUGCAUGAGUGGAGACAGAUAUAUGACUCCAGAGGACCUUAUCAUCCCUCUGGAUCCAGAGUGCCUCAUUUUAUAGGACCCUGGCCUUACUAGGAGAUCCAACACCAUCCGUACAGGAUUGGUACAGCAGAAGAAGCCAUUCUCCUAUCCCUACCACCAUCUGUGAUACAUCAACAUCCACAAUACCAGUGGGACUCCUUGAAGAAUUAGAGCCUAUGUUUUACUCCUGAGGGGAGUCGGACGUUGGUGAGGAACCUCAUCACAGAGACAGGACGUUAGUCCAGACUGAGAUUCCAGAAUCUCCUGGGCCCCCUGGUGAUCUUACCAGGCAGGGUACCCUCAGGACCAAUAGUACCCUAUGCCAUGGGAACUGCCUCAAACAAUGUUUGAGCCCUCUCACAGGUUUUAUUGUGGGCAGUGAGAUCCAUACAGAUGCUACAUCAAAUCCAUACAUUCCCAUCAAAAGUCACAACAGCCCUCCCCUCCCAGAGAGGAAACUGAACUCCUCAGGAGACCAUGGAAGAGGAGGAGGAAGAACCAGAACCAGCAGUCCCAAUAGAAAUAUUUUCAUAUCCUGGUGAGGCAGUGCUCCAAUGUCACUUUUUCUGCUUGACAACUACAGGAUACUCCAGAUCCCCCUGGAGGAAGUCCAAGAGACAUGUCACAAGCUCCUUGACACCUUACAGAGCGCUGGGCCUAAUAAGGUAGCACUUCCUAUUAAUGAAGCUAUUUUGGAACCCCAAAAACCAUCUGGCACAUGCCAGCAACAUGUGUCCCCAUUCCUAAGAGGACAGAAAACAAAUACUUCAUACCAGCUAAGGAAGAAGAAAUUUUGUUUUCACAUCCUGCCCCAAACUGUUUAGUUUUACAAGCUGCCAUUGAAAGGAUAAGGCAACAUCAGUCAUGGGCCCUCCAGUAAAGAGACUAAACAUUUGAACAUUCUCAGGAGGAAGGCCUUUACUUCAGCAUGAGUAGCAGCAUAUUUAUGUGGCUACGAUGUAGCCAUAGUGGUGUAUAAACUGGCCUGACAUGUAGAAGUCCAUUCUUUACCUCAACCAGCCUGCAAUUCCACGCAGCUGAUUACCAGGUGUUAAUUUUGUCAGUUACUCAAAAUUUGCUGAAUUUACAGACGGUCCCCCACAGGAGAAUAGAGCACAGUUUCAAGCUCUUAUUAAGCAGUGUAGGUGGUUGUCAUAUCCUCUUUCUAAGUUGCAGUGGAUGCAGCUGACGGCCUCGCAGUUGAUGGUGACGGCUGUUAUGUGUUCAGAGUCUUGGCCUCAUUCUUCCAGAUUGCCUAGGGAAGUGCAGUCUGCAGUAGACAAUUUGCCCUUUGACAGGAACAACCUAUUUAGUGAAAAAAAUGGAUGAGUCAUUGCACUCUUUGAAAGACUCAAGGAAAACUCUCUGGUCCCUAGGGAUAGACUACAAACCCAGACCAGCACCACAACCUGUUUACCAUCAGAGGGAAUAUUAACCACCACAAAAACAAAUGAUGCAGCAGGGCAAAUAUAAUGCUCUCCUUCCAACCACAGCCUCCCAGUAAGAACUCUGAGAGCUGUAAAUCAACCCAGAUGCAAUGUCCUUCAACCAAGAAAAAAAUUGAUUAAAAAAAAAUUGGUGGCCACCUAACCUGUUUCCCCAAUACUUUUCAGAUGACAGCAGACAAAUGGGCUCUCGACAUCAUCAAUUCUGGCUUUGUAAUAGAAUUCCUCUCCCCUACCCCUCCAAAACCUCUUUCCUUUCCCUCUUCAGGGACUGCUUUCAUGAGAAGAUACUCAUUCAAGGUAAACUCCCUCCAUUAACAGGAGCCAUAGAGCUGGUAACUCCCUCAAGAUUGGGUGGGGAGAAAGGGUUUUAUUUAAGCCUAACCCCAGAUGUCUACACUGCAGUUUUUGUAGCCCACAGCCCAAGCUCCAUGAGCCCGAGUCAGCUGACAUGGGCCAGACAUGAGUGUUUAAUUGCAGUGUAGACAUAUCCAUCGAAAGAACUGAUUGGUCUGUGCCACCUCUUAUACAUUCAGCUCUGAGCAUGAGGAGGAGAAAGAUGUGGAUCAAUGGACACUGCUACCAAAAAUCUUCUAGUUUUACAUGCAUGGCAUACAUGCACAUCUACAGUGGAAUAUAGGUAGGGACCACACAUGUCAAAGAACUCUGGUUACCAUAUAAGGUAAGUAAAUUUCUCUGAAUCUUUUUUCCCUUUUAAAGAGCAUGAUGAGUUAAGGGGUCACUGUACAGGUUAGAUCAUUAACUAGGGAGGAUGAUAGUGCUCUCAAUCUUUUUAUUGAAAUUCUAAGUGUAAAAGCAAUAAGAUUUUUUUAAGGGAUUUUUAAAGGUACUCUCUUGAUAUCUCUCUAUUAUAUCUUACUCCCAAAUAUUACCUUCUUCUUAAACCCAAGUGAAAGGAUUACCCUCUGAAAAGUGUUCAGCAAAACUAGGAAUGUAAGUGUUUUAAGCAAAAUACAACAAAAAAUAUGAAUGAGUUUAGAUUAAUACGGUUAUGAAGCUAUGCUAAGUCACAAAACUGCCUGUGUUAUGUAAGAUUAAUGCAAUUUUGGAAAGUGAUUUCUUGGGAAGUAUCUCUGUGUUUCUUCUCUUGGUAGAAGAAGUUAAAGUCAAAGUAGUCUGCCUCAAAAUGUGAAAUCGUAAUAAUCAUUCUCAGAAACAAAAUACUAUGAACAUGAUACAACAAAAUUAAGUAAGUCUCAGGAAAUUUUUAAAAACAAACCAGUAAUGCCUUCAGUAAAAAUAAUGCUAAUGUAAAUUAAAUAAACCAGUGCUGCCUGGUGAUUUACUAUAUCGAUCAAUAGUCACUGCGAAGGCUGCUGUUUCUGCUGGAUCAGUCAAUUUUUUCUCUUUUAUGGACUCAUCAAAUGUAUCUCUGUGAUUGGCUUAUUUUGUUCCAAGUUUAAUAGCAUUUUCCAUGAGAGUAUUCUAAUGCAUUUCCCUUAGUCCAGGACUAUUUUCUAUAUAAAAUAUUUGUGCUUUUCUUUCCUUUUAAACAAAACCUUUCAUUCAAUAUACUUGUUGUUCUUAAGUUUACUUGCAGCUGUUCUUUUCAUUUUCUUAUACCUUCCUACUCAAGCAAGGGGAUGCUGCAGGAGCUUAAUUUCCUGGAGGACAGCGUCUCCAGGAAAUACUCUAAUACUUCAUUUUGUUUGUUGCCACUUAUUUAAAAUCCAUUAGAUGAGAAGGAGAAAUGGAGAAUUUUUUUCCCUGUGUUGCAUUGUUUCUUACACCUUCUGUUUCAUUAGUGCCUCCCUCCCCAAAUCUAGUGCAUCAGUGCUAUAUCCUUAACCAUAUAUUAUAGAAUUAUACUUUUUCUUUUAACCAUAAAAUAUUAGAAAAGGUUACAAGAAUAUAGAAUGUUGUGUAACUUUCACUUGCGGAAAGCAUAGUCCAUUGGCGUGAUCCCACGACCGUGAGUCAGGAACUACAGAAUUCUAACUAUGACACUUCUGAAACAGAUGCCUUUGUGAGCAUGGGUAAAUCAUUUAACCCCUCUGCUUCAGUUUCCUCCUGUAAAAAGAAAAUACUUACCCAAAAAUAUUGUUGUGAGGAUUAAUUGGUGUUUUGAAAUUAAAAUCACUUUACCUGUAAGUAUAAAACUUGGUAGCAAUAGUUUAGAAUGCAUUUUAAAAUGUAGGAGUAAAAGCAAGUACAAAUUAAAAAUUACAUUGUGUAAAAUUGCUUAUGUUCUUGCCCAAAAUAGUAUGUGCCACACUAAAUUGAUUACGUCUGAUCUGAAGUAUUUUAACUUAUUUAAUAUUUUUUAUUGGAAAACUUAAAAACACUCAAGCCUAGGUCUUGAUCCUGCACUCAUGAAAGUCCUAUUGAUGUCAGUUGACUACUCACAUAUGUUAUGAUUAACUGGAGGCUGAUUCAUCCUGGCACAUGCGCCAGCCCAAGUACAGAGGAUAGGCAAUAUGUGCCCUCUUUAGUCAUUGUGCCUGCAACAUAGACCAGGGCAGCCCUGCUAAAGUAGUGCCACUGUUGCGCUGGCUACUAUGGAGCUUUGUGGGGACACAGAACUACUGGGAGGUAAGAAAGCUUGGCCUACUUCUUCUGCUUCUCCCCAGAACAUCCCCUGCGCCUGGGGCUGCUAUGAAGGCAGCAUGAAGCUAUUGGAAUUGUCUCUGCACCAGGGCAUAGAAGUUAUGUGCAAGGUAUUUUCCACUGUGGCCCUUUUGCAUCAGCCUAACUGCUGUAAGGAGGUUGCAGAAUGAUGAUGAAUCUGGCCCCUGGUUUGGAAAAUUCCUGGUACGCUUGCGGAUAAGCAACUUUACUGAAAAAUACAUGUAUUUUACAAUCAAAAUACACAGUUAAAAUAGAAAAUAGAAGGUCAGUGUUAUAAAAUUAGCCUGCCUUUAGCUAAUACAAAACAAGGUGAACUGGAGGAAAAAGGAAAGAGUAGAACUCCAGAUGUGGAAGUGUGGGGAAGAUGAAACAACAACAAAAAAAAACAAAAGGCCAGAGUCUGUUUAAAUGGUGAAAAGAACCAGGUUGCGAAUAGAGGAGUUUUAAAAAAGGAGAAGAAAAUCUGCUAGUGGUUCAAAGGGAUGGGGGAGAGAGCCAGAUUCUGAAAUGAAGGGUGAUUAUUUAAUGCAGCCAAGAAGAAUAUUAGAACACGGAGAAUGAUGAUAUGCCGUUGGGAAAGAAUGUAAAAAGCUGAAUGACAACAAAGUGUGAGCAUAUUAAUUUUUUUUAAAGGAUGAAUGUUGAAAGGAAAAUAAAAGGCAGAUAAAUGUCCUUUAAUCCACAUGGUUGAUUAGGACCAAUCUAGACAACUAAAUUUGGUUUCAGCUAUUAUGUUAUUAGAUGUUUUAAAAUUGGUGUCUGAGAGCAAAAACAGGGAGGACAAAAAAUAUUGCUGUGUGAAAUGAAAUGGGAAACAAUGUUAUUUGAGCUAUUACCACAUUGAAUAGGUGUUCACUAAAUCUGCCUGUCUCACAUUUGCCUGAUCCCCUAAUGUCUGUGACUGGACACUUCCUGUUAAACUGUGCUGAGUGAGAUUGAAAAUAUAUGAAAAAUUGCAGUAAGAACUGGGUUCAGGUGAUGGAGGAGACCAUUUGAAAAUGCUGUCGCAGCUUCUUACUUCAUUUUAGUGAAAGGUGAGAACUGUGAAGAAAAAGUUGCUUUGCAGAAAGAAUACUGAAACUUGGUUUAUCCCAUAGUAUGAAGUGAUGUGGAAGCACUUCCAAGUAGUAGAAAUAUAUUAGUGAGAAAGACUUAAUUAGGUAAGUUUACUGUUGUAUUUCUUGCAAGGUCAUCUGAAGUUAUUUAUUGGUCACAUGGGAAAGUACUCUGCCAAUUUUGUAUUUAAGAGAUGUUAUGUUCAUAAUCUAAUAAUUGCAUAAAUAAGUCUGUAUCCUAACUAUUGGUUAAGAAAAUGAAACCUUUUUGUAGGGUUUAUAUAUAUGGAGCUAUGGAGAAAUAAACUGAGAAUUUGUGGCCUUCAACUGAACUAGGGGAGGGGAAGCAAAAACAUGGCCAUCGGUGCCCUAUAUGGAAAGACAGAAAAAAAAGUCAGCUGAGACUUUGCUUUUGAGUGCUUUUCCCUGGCAACUUUCUGCUUUGUGAAAAUCCAAGAUGAAAAACAGCAGUGUUGCUAAAACCAUUUGAGGUUCAGAGAAGAAUGAUGAGAAUGACUAAGGGCUUGGGAUAACUUUCAUCUGAAGAGAGAUUUGGAUUGUUUAUUCUAGAAAGAAGAAGAGGGGAUGUAAUAAAAGCAUGUACAGUAAUGAAUGGUAGAAAAGGUAGAUCAGGAACUUCUGUUCUCCUUUUCUCAUAAGAACAAGGGAAUGGAUUAAAAAAAAAAUAAGUUUCACACAAUGUAUAAUUAGAACACAUUGCCACAGAAUGUCAUUCAAAAACAGAUUGGACAUUUAUAUGAAUUUCAAGACUAUCCAGGGUUGUUAUAGCCAAUGCUAACAAAAGUUUUAACAGGGAUAUAAAACUUUCAUGUUCCGGAUUUAAGACAAGUUCUAACUAUUAUUGACUAGGAUGAGACUUUUAUAAAUGACAGACUAUUUCACAUUUCCUUAGUGCAAGGUUUCUUGCACCUUCCACUGAAAUAUAUUGUGCUCACCCUUGUGAGAGGCAGGAUUCUUAACUAGACAGACCAUGGGUCUAAUCCAGUACAACAAUUAUUAUUGUGUUCUUAUAAAAGACCAAAUCUAAGAAAUUUAGCAUCAAGGUCAACUCCCAGGUGUAUUCACAGAACAGUUCCUUAUUUUAUUUUGGACUCAAAUUUUCCUUUCUCCCAUCUAGAAGGGAGAAGUUAGAGGAGGCUUUUUUUGUUUUUGUUUUGUUUGUUUUUUGGGAAACUGUUUACUUCAGAUAUACUGACUCUUGAAAUUGGGGCUACAUUAAUAUUAAUUAUAUUAAAUAUGUUAAUCCUUCUGCAUUUUUCUUGUCUUCAAAUCUUGGUCCCACAUUUGGGUCUUUCUUGGCUGGAGUACUCUUGUUGCUUUAAAAAAAAAUUUAAGGCAUGGCUAGAGAUAUGAACAAUGGAGGCAGUGUAACCCGUAUCUAAAUUGGUCAUUAACAGAUGACAGGCUGAGCAGAAUUUGUGUUCUGUAGAUAAGCAGACAUAAAAUGUAUACUUGUGAGAUACUUCAGGUCCCAUGGAUAUGAUGUGUUCUGUUUGUCUGAACCAGUGUUUCAGAAGAAUAUAUAGUGCAAUCCAACUGCUAUUGUCUUUGAUAGGAAUUUGAUUAGGCUGGUAAAAACUUAAAGGGUUCGGUAGCUUGCAAGUCAUUGUAUAUGAAGGUAAUUUAAGAGGAAGUAAGUCAUUCAAAAUAUUAGGCAGUCCCAACUCAAAGAUAAUGACAAAUUGUAUGUUAUUUUCAAUGUUGAAAUUUAUGCUUUUAGUAUUUUUCUGUGUGAUUUUAGAAACAAUGUUCUGUGCAAUUAAACAACAUUCUUAUUUUAAUAAACAUUUUUAGAACACUUUUUAAAAUGUUCAGUAUGUUAUGUGCAAUAAUAUAUAAGUGUGUAUCUAUAUAUCUUACAAAACUGGGCAAACCAUUCUGCUUCUAAUUCUUCAUAGAAAAUAUUUGAGGUAUAAAUUAGAAGAGUCGUUAAGGCAGCAGGCAGUGCAUCCUUCUAAUCACAACUGACAUUAUCUCUUACCAUCUGCUUUCUGAGGAGACUAAACAUUUUGUAAUGAGGAUUGGGAAUGGAAGAUGGAGUAUAAUGAUGCUCCAAGAGUUCCUGGAGUGUUCUGUUUUCAUUAUACUUUGUAGGAACAAGCAAAACUUUAAAAUAAUAGGAUGUAAAUAUAUGGUACUGAAAGUGUUAAAAUAAAAAGACUAGGAGUUGAUUAACUCUCUGAUAUACUGAUAUGGAAAAUAAUUAGUUGUUUUAUUAACCCAUGUUUUAAUGACUUUUAAAAGUACUUGGCUGCUUGGAUUAAUCAUACAACAAUGGACCUGAUGUCUGCACUCUCUAAGUCCUCUUUCCAGACAGAUGCCAAUCACAUCACUUGAGGAACAUCCUGAGGCCCUGUCUAUACAAGAAAGGAGAGAACUGUGUUUAAAAUCCAUUCCAAAACCAUGUUAAAACAGACCUCCUAUUUAAAUAUUUUUCAGCAUGCUUUGGCUGCUAGUGUGGCCAGGCUCAAGCCUUAGCACAAAUUGUGUUCAGACCUGGCUUUGACCAUGUUUUCUGAAAUCUUUUCUGAGUGGAGUUUGGCCUGUGUAGACUGGCAGCUAAACUAUACAUGGAGUCAUCUUAGAGGACAGUUGGGUUUGAAUGUAUUUGUUAAAAAAUGUUUUAAAAUUAAUCUCUGACAAGUGUAGAUAGGUCUCUGGCCCCCAUUUGUGCCUAAGCACUAUGGUGUUGGGCACAUUAGAAAUCCACAUACAGUUGAGACAGCAGUUUUUUGGACAGGCCUACGAAACAAAAUUUUUGCCACCAAAAUAUAACCAAUUCCUGUCUACCAGGAUCACAGAUUACAUCUCACUGACUCAUUUUAUCCAACAAGUGUGUCUGGUGUAGUGUGGGGGUAGGGAACAUUUUUAGUUUUUUUCUCCCAGCUGCUUUAUUCUUUCAGCCCGAGUGAAAGGUUUAUGUUUCCAAGACAAUCUUCACAAGGAAAAGAUUUAGAAACUUUUUUUAAAAAAGAAAGGUGAGAUUCUUCUUUCUGCUUCUAGUUCUUAUGGAGCCCAGCUCUACAGACAGAAAUCCUUCAGGACCAGUAGUCUGUAGUUUAUUUUUGAACUCAGGUUGCUAGCAUGGGACUUGGCAUCAUGGGAACUACAUAGUUUAGCCAAUAAAAUGUUUGCUGACUGUUAUUUGCCCUGGGGUUUGUAUCAUGAUCAGUGGAACUGGAGUCAGGGGGGACCAUGUACUCUAGAGGACACCCAGGGAACAGGAUACAUGGGGAGUUAGGCUGGGAAUAACUCAGUUCCCACAGGGUUUAGUAAUGUUCCACUUGUCCAGCUUAACCUGUAUUCAGCUUCAGUCUUUGUGAAUGAAACAUGAUGGCAGCAUCUCAGCUGUGAGUUCUCUGAAGUGCAGCAGCUGGCAAUGUGAGCCAUGGCAAUUGGUCUCCUGGGAGCCCUGGAUUUUGCAGGCACCAACCUAGCCCAGUGAUGGAACCAGUGGAGGUUCUAGCUCUACACAGACCUGGCCAUGCAGGAGGAUGAUAACAGCAGGAAAAUAAAACUGUUUUACAUUAUUGGGGAACAAGCCAGAGAGACCUGCAUCACAGUAGUCUUAGCGACUUUUUGCUCCCCAAAGCAGAAUGAAACUGGAGCAACACAGGUUUGUCACUGGAGAUCAUAGACCUCUGUGUUGCUGUCUUACAUACUGACUUCUGUAUGCAAUUCUGGGGACUUGACAGACUCCCUAAUUUGGGACAGGAUAGUGUGGCGCUUGGGAUCACCACUUACGGGAGAGGCUGAUCUGGGAAGGCAAGCUCACAUUAGACAGCAACUUAGACAUGGGGUGUGCAGCAGAAGCCUCGGGAGAAAGGACUGGAUAUAGGUCUUUUGGAGGACAGUUGGCUGCUUAUUCCACACAAUGUCAGAGACCGAACAGGGGUAUGCCCAAACAGAUCAAGUGCUUCUGACGGUGGUAUUUGGAAUGUAGUGGUUGCCACCCAGUAAUAGUGCAAUGAGACCACAAACCCAUAGAGCAGUGUUUCUCAACCAGGGAGAUGUGUACCCCUGGGGAUAGGCAGAGGUCUUCCAGGGGAUGCAUCAACUCAUCUAGAUAUUUGCCUCAUUUUACAACAGGCUACAUAAAAAACCCUAGUAAAGUCAGUACAAAUUAAACUUUCAUACAGACAAUGAUUGGUUUAUACUGCUCUAUAUAUUAUACACCAAAAUUUAAGUACAAUAUUUAUAUCCCAAUUGAUUUAUUUUAUAAUUAUAUGGUAAAAAUGAGAAAGUAAACAAUUUUUCAGUAAUAGUGUGCUGUGACACUUUUGUAUUUUUAGGUCUGAUUUUGUAAGCAAGUAGUUUUUAAGUGAAGUGAAACUUGGGGGUACGAAAGACAAAUCAGACUCCUGAAAGGGGUACAGUAGUCUGGAAAGGUUGAGAGACAGUCAUGGAAAAGCUCCUUCCUAGUGCUUCAAGGAGAUUGCAGUGCACAUUGAUACACCUUCAUACUACCAGGGGUUGUCCAGGACAAUUACCUGUGUUAACUGGCACCCUGAGCAGGAUAUAUGUACCCAGAAUCAGCUAGUUGGAGGAAGGGGAUCAGGACAUAAACAUGCUGUGUGGUCUCCCAGUUUCAACUGCAAAGCUAAUGGAAAUCAGAGGCUAUGGUAAAGGACAUCCAACUACAGGCAGUCAAGAGAACGAUAUUAGCAGGAUGGCCAGAAGACAAAAAACAAAUACUGCUAGGAGCAAAACUUAGCUGAGUGUCCACGAUGGAAUCAUAUUUCAAGGACAGAGAGCUGUUGUCACCAUCUCAUUAUGUAAGGAUAUCAUUCAAAAAAUACAUGCCUCGCACCUGGGCAUUCCUUAGUAGAAGUGUGUGAUGCCUGCUGGUCAUGUGAUAACCAUCAGCAGAAAGAGACUGCUACCACACGAGCUGCUCACCCAACGCUGGGAAAAGGUGGGAGUGGACUUAUUUGCCUUAAGGAACAAGCAGUACUUGAUUACAGUGGACUAUUAUUCAAAUUUACGGGAGGUUGAUACCCUGCCUGAUAGAAGAAGCAAAUCAGUGACUAGCAAACAGAAGGCCCACUUUGUGAGAUAUGGCAUUCUGGACAUUGUAUUCGCUGACAAUGGACCACAGUUUGUCUAGAAAGAAUUCAAGAAAUUUGCACACAAAUUGGUGUUUGACCACAACAGCUCUGCCUCAGCAUACCCACAGAGUAUUCGGGAAGUGGAAUCAGCUGUGAAAGUAGCUGAGAGACUGUUACACAAGGCUGUUUCUUUUGUUCAGGGACCUUGUUAGCAUUUUUUGCACACAGGAAUACCCCAUCACAGGGGCGCCAAAAUAGUCCAGCGUAGGCACUGAUGGGACAAAGGACCAAAACGCCACUAACAAUUAGGGGAGACCUGUUGCAGCCCUAAGGAUGGGUACACUAUCAAGAGGAGAUGUCCAAGAAGCAGAGAAAGCAGGCACUAGAGUCUGACAGACCAGCCAAGGAUCUACUGUGAUGGUUCUCAGAGCAUCCAGGACUGAGAGUCACCUUGUUACCCCCCAGUGAGAGGCAGUCUUUCUUACGGUAACAGGGUGUCAGCUCCCUAACACCACCAGUCUUUCAGCCACUCAAGCACUCUCCUGUGGGCUAUGCCCACCCUGUCUUCACCUUGCAGGUUAGCAAUAGACAUGCCCCAGUCUCUUUGAAUUGUUCCCCUGUGAUAUCCAGCCCCUGACACUGGCUAUUCACAGAAAUCCCAGAUCCUCUGCCCCCAAAACUGCUGUGUACCCCAGUUUACCAGUUUUACCUUAAACCACCACUCCUGUAAAUCACACAGCACUUGUGAGCACUUACAAUAAAACAAAUGGAGGUUUAUUUUAAAAAGGUAAU